CAAAACAUUAAACAAAACUCACCUCAUCAUAACACCUCAUACAAAACCAGAAACACUUUAAAAUUUCAGUUCAAGUUAUCCAUAGGGUUUUACAUAGACACUAACAAACAUUUUUUUUAAACUAUAACCUUUUUGACAUUAAAAAAAUGGGAGUUCAGAAAUGCUGCGGUCAGGAGGAAUGUACAGAAAAUUACACUCCAUUAAAAAAUGACAGAAGAUGCCAACUCAUCAACGAAGUAAAGCAAAUAAUUGGAAGUAUUGAACAUGCAGACAAAGCGAAACCUAGACAGAGCAGACGGUCAGCGAAAGCAAUUCCUGGAAUGAGAGAUCUGGAAGAUGAGUGCAAACAAUGGAGGAAACGAAGAGACUGUACUCCUCCACUCAUAACUACAAUCGCCAUCCAUGAGACUCGACCUACCAGCGACUAUACGAACAUGCGGCAUGAGAACAGCAGUCAGGUGACAUUUGUGGAUGCCACUAAGGAGGACCAGGAAUGGAGGAAGGUGCCCCCCGCACCAUGGGACCUACCCCGCACCCCCUCUCAAGAGUUGAGGUCUGGGUCUCUCUACACCAACUGUCAGUGUCUCAAACGUAACGGACUACAACACGACUGUCCAAGAUGGGAGUGUGGUGGUAGGCCUGAGUGUGUGGCAGUCAAUCCUGGACCUUGCUGUGAGCCCAGUCAGUGGCCCAAACCCAUACGAGGCGACAGACGGAUCGGAAACUCACUGACUCAGGAGAAGACCUAUGUAACAGGACAGAACUUUGAAGGGAAGCAACUGAAAACUGGUCCUCUAAAUCCAGAAAUAUGCAUUCCAUUGGGGUCACAACCACCACAACAGCUUCGUCAAGGACCUUCCGACAACACAUGUCAAGCAGGUAAAUUCAUCGAUGGUAGAAAAGUACCUCAAGGUGAAUUGAUUGGAAUGUUGGAUAUUUCAUCCAUGUGUCAGGAACACACAACUCCUAAAAAAGUCAAUUUCCAAAAUGGAACAGGAAGAGUCCCAAAUCAGGCACAUCAAGAUACACAGACUUUGAAUCCCCAGGGAAAGAGUCCGAUGGAUGUUUUCUUGGUUGUGGAUCUGACCAAAGGACCAAGAAUGGAAAAUAAACCUGCCGCAAUAUCAGAGCCUUCGCGAGGAAUUGUACUUUCAGCGCCCGGAGUUACUUGUUCCUGUAGACCUGUAAAUGAACAAGCUUCUGGAAGACCAUUCCAGCCACAAAUUCCGGAGAAUCGUCAAAGACAACCUCAAGGGAUUUCUACAGGCCCUGAAGUUACAUUUUGUUGUAGAACUGAUCAAGGUGAACCAACUUCUGGAAUCCAGAGGCCGCUUCCUCAAAGUUCCCAAGGACAAAGAGCUAUGCCAACACCUGAUAUGAUUUUCUGUAGGCUUAUCCAAAGUGCUCCUGCUUCCUGAAAAUAUGAUGGUUGAAAUCCUUAUGACUUCUGUUUCUAGUCUGAUGCUUUAAUAAGUUGAUGUUAUGUUGGUGCUACACAAUAAAAAGUUUAACAUACACUUUC